CAAUGUCCAAAGUCGAGACAAAGAAGAAGAAGAAAUGGUCUGAUACCCGACAAAAACAAGAAGGCAAUUCUCCAUCCAUUCAUUUCACUUCUCUUCCCUCCGCUAUCUCUCUCUCCGAAUAUUAACUGCCAAAACCAACCCCUCCAUCUCCUUGUCCUUCCCUUUCUUCAUUUCCCUGCAUUUUCUCUCCCUAUAUCAAAAUUCAAAACCUGAAAUAUAAUCUCCACAGGCAAAACAGCCCCUGUAAGCAUCAUCAUCGAGCAUUCAAAAGAUGCCGGCCACCGACAACCAGGGUUCAUUCUUGAACCGCAUCAGCAUCCGCCGCAACCAGGUUGCCGACCCCAACCUCGAGCUCGAAGACCUCGAACUCUUCCAAAAACACGUAGCUGAUCGUUUGUCCGACCUCCUCCCCGUCCCCACCCCCACCCCCUGCCCCGCUCCCGCUCCCCCUCCCGCGCAUGCCCCUGCCCCUGUCUCCAGUACCCCCAAAAACCACGCCAACAACAAUGAUACUAACACUGACCAGCCAUCCUCCACUUCCGUGGAUUCUCCAUCCGCUGACCACGGCCCACCACCGCCCCCACCCAUGCUCUCCAUCUCCUGGUUUCGCAAGCUCCUCGACGUUUUUCUCUGUUGCGAGGCGGAGUUCAAAGCCGUUCUCAUCAUGGGUCGUGAUCCUUCCCAAUUCUGCAAGCCUCCUCUCGACAAACUCAUCCCUGAUCUUUUAGACAGGGCCAUAAAGGCCCUUGACGUCUGCAACGCCGUCACUCACGGCAUCGAGCUCCUCCGUCACUGGCAAAGCCUCGCUCAGAUUGCCGUCACCGCCCUCGAGCAACGUCCCAUUGGAGAAGGCCAGGUCAGACGCGCCAAAAGGGCUCUCUCGACUCUCCUCACUUCCAUGGCCUUUGAUGACAAAGAAAGCAAUAACAGCAGCAGUCACAAAGCCACGGAGCGUGCUUGGUCUUUUGGUCGCCGUGGUGGUGGUGGCGCCGCUGCAAAUUACGGUCAUAACCCCAAGGAUAAAACUGCCGGGACUUUCCGGUCGCUGUCUUGGUCCGUGGCUAAGUCUUGGUCCUCUGCCAAACAGAUCCAAGCCAUGUCGUCUAAUCUGGUGCCGCCACGUGGGGCGGAGGCAGCUGGGCUGGCGCUUCCGGUAUAUAUUAUGAGUGCGGUUUUGGUUUUCGUGAUGUGGUCUCUGGUGGCCGCGGUCCCUUGUCAGGAGAGGACUGGGCUGGCCACCCAUUUGCCCGUGCCCAGGCAAUUGGUCUGGGCUCAGCCGUUGAUUGGGCUUCAGGAGAAAAUUGGAGAGGAAUGGAAGAAAAAGGAGAAGAAAGGCACUGCUGGAUUGUUGGAGGAGAUGCAGAGGAUGGAGAAGGUUGCGCUGAGCCUGGUUGAAUUUGCUGAUUCUUUUCAGUUUCCGUUGGAGGAUGCAAAGGUGGAGGAGGUGGCGGUGCAGGUAGCGGAGAUGGCGGACAUUUGCCUUAAGAUGGAGGAGGGAUUGGUGCCACUUCAGCAACAGGUUAGAGAGGUGUUUCAUCGGAUUGUGAGGAGCAGAGCUGAGGUUCUUGAUGUUAUUGAUCAAGUUGGUAAAAUGUCCACACCAGUUCCAUGUUGAGAGUGUAGGCAGGCACGUUUCAAUUGAGAUUUGAGCGUGUUUAGUAGAUUCAAAUGUUCUUCCCCAGUUGAAUAUGUAAAUGUUUGUUGGUUCCCCGUUGAUCAUGAAAAGGUUUGAUACUAGUUUUUUUUUCUUGAAAAGGUUAGCUGAUUCUGGUUGAAGUGCUAGUACCAUACUGAUUGAUCCCAAUAUUUGACUCUUCAGCACUAACUGGGGCCUUGAUGCUCUUGCUGCCACCUCCAACUUUUUGGUUCUUUUGGUGGUGAAGUGAAUCAUCCGAUUAAUUGUUUUUAGAUACUAUUAAUGCAAGAAUAUUUCUUGUA